UCCUCCCCCCGCCCCCCCCGGGUGUAGUGGCCGUUGUCGGGCGGCCGUCGGCUCAGUGCGGGGCGCAGCGCGGAGCCCGCUCGGGACUCGCCUCCGCGGCGGCGGCGGGCGACUUCGCGGCGGCCCCAUGUUUUCCCCCAGCCAGGAGGAGCACUGCGCCCCGAACAAGGAGCCCGUCAAGUACGGGGAGCUGGUGGUGCUGGGGUAUAAUGGCUCCCUCCCUAAUGGUGACAGAGGACGCAGAAAAAGCAGAUUUGCCCUCUAUAAGCGACCUAAGGCAAAUGGAGUUAAGCCCAGCACUGUUCAUGUGAUUUCUACGCCCCAAGCAUCCAAGGCUAUCAGCUGUAAAGGUCAGCACAGUAUCUCUUACACGUUGUCCAGAAACCAGACUGUUGUAGUGGAGUAUACUCAUGAUAAAGAUACAGACAUGUUUCAGGUUGGGAGGUCAACAGAAAGCCCCAUAGACUUUGUAGUGACGGAUACAAUUUCCGGCAGUCAAAACAAUGAUGAAACUCAGAUUACGCAGAGCACCAUAUCGCGUUUUGCAUGCAGGAUUGUUUGUGACAGGAGCCCACCAUAUACAGCAAGGAUUUUUGCAGCUGGAUUUGACUCUUCUAAAAAUAUAUUUCUCGGUGAGAAAGCAGCAAAAUGGAAAAAUCCUGAUGGCCACAUGGAUGGAUUAACAACCAACGGUGUGUUGGUCAUGCACCCAAAAGGGGGGUUUACUGAAGAGUCUAAACCUGGAGUUUGGCGGGAGAUUUCCGUCUGUGGUGAUGUGUACACUCUCCGUGAAACCAGAUCUGCUCAACAAAGGGGGAAGCUGGUAGAAAAUGAGACCAACGUCCUACAAGAUGGUUCUCUUAUUGACCUGUGUGGAGCCACCCUUCUGUGGAGAACAGCAGAUGGACUGUUUCACACUCCAACUCAGAAACACAUCGAAGCUCUGCGACAGGAGAUAAAUGCUGCCAGACCACAGUGUCCUGUUGGGUUAAACACUUUAGCAUUUCCCAGCAUCAACCGUAAAGAUGUGGUAGAAGAGAAGCAGCCUUGGGCUUACCUCAGCUGUGGUCAUGUUCAUGGCUAUCACAACUGGGGACAUCGCAGUGACACAGAAGCCAAUGAGCGGGAGUGUCCUAUGUGCAGAACCGUUGGCCCCUAUGUGCCUCUUUGGCUUGGUUGUGAAGCAGGCUUUUAUGUGGAUGCUGGCCCUCCAACUCAUGCUUUCACCCCGUGUGGACAUGUGUGCUCUGAGAAGUCUGCAAAAUACUGGUCUCAAAUCCCUCUGCCUCAUGGUACUCAUGCAUUUCAUGCUGCCUGCCCUUUCUGUGCAACACAGCUGUCUGGGGAACACAACUGCAUCAAGCUAAUUUUUCAGGGUCCAAUUGACUGAUCAUUUUGCGGUGACCACAAUAACAUGUUCUUUAACAACUUACUGUGAAGAUUUUGCCACUAACUCUAGAUUUUACCUUUUUUUAUAAUGUUAUUAAUAGGGUGGUAGGGUGGGGAUGGGGAACUGACAAGCAAAUUGUGAGGGACCGUGGUGAAAUGGGAUACAUUGAUACCUGGAACUUGACAGAUAUCAGUGGUGUUGCAUGCUCAAAAGCAGCAUAUUCAUGAAGUCUUCUUGGUCAAAUUGUAGUAUAUUUGUAAUCUUUUUAUUAGUACCCUGGAUCAGAAAAAGGUGUCUUACUGAUUUUUUUAAGAUAAGAUUUUUUUAAUGGAAAGGUUUUUUCUUCUAAACUUUGACAAGCCUUUAAAACCUAUUUUUCAGAGCUAGAAGGAACGUACAGAAUGUAACUGUCUUUAAUUUGCAAUAUAAUUUAACUUGAAUAGUUUCUCAAGGAGCUAAUAUAGAAUGUGUGGACAACCAUAGGUGAAUGUUCACUAGAGAUAAUUGGUUAUGUAAGAGAGAAGUUAGCUACCUAAAUUGUAGAGUAUAAUGCUAUUAAAAUAUCUAUUAUGGUAUAACAUAGCUGGCCAAAAAGGCAUCAAGGAUUACUUGAAACUGAGGAAAUCCUGUUUGCAUUGAUUUCCUUUCAGUGUAAUAGAUAUCCACUGUUCAUUAUGUAUGGUAUAUGGCCCUUUUUUUUUUUUUUUUUUUUUUUUUUUUUUUUUUGUUUAACCUGCAUCUGGUGAAAUUGCUUUACUUUUUCUUUUUUUUUUUUAAACAUAUGUAGUUCUGGUUUUCAAGCCAAUGUUCUGUAUAUGUGUAGUCUGGCCUCUUUAUUUCUGCUUAACUUUGCCUGCCCUAACUGCUCCUUGCAUGCCCAGAACCAUGGGGUCACUUAAGAUGUAGCAAGCCUUUAAAAACUGCAUUCCUGAAGGGGUAGUACUGCAGCAAGACAGAGGGGUUAGGUACUAUUUAUGCAGAACUUAUUUACAUAGACCUGAAUUCAGGAAAGCACUUAAUAUGUGUUUAAAUAUAAGCCCAUGGAUGGGACUGUUUAGAUUCUUGAGUGCUUCAAUGGAUCGUGGUUAUAUGCUGUUGUGUUUUGAAAUAAAAAGCAAUUAAAAAUAAGCUUUUUCUUUUUAAGCUCACUUACUAGCCAAAAUGCUGUGAGAAGAGCAUCCUUUCUAGUUCAACUGAGUAUUUUUGUUGAGUUUUCAACUUGCUGCCAUCUGUCACCUUUUUUUGCAGAUUGAGAUGUUUGUAUCUAUUUUUUUCAAAUGUUUGCAAAUCGAACAGAAUUCAAAUGUAAUCAAAUAUAUGCAUCAGGGUGGUACAUCCAAAGUAAUCACUUGAAAUUUGUGACUCUUUAAGGGAGCUUAUAAAUGUUUACUAUGAAAAUAAUUAAAUCAGAAUUUCAUAUGAGAUGUACCUUCCUACUGCUGGUUUCAUUUCAUAUAGAAUUACUCCUUGGAUUUUUUUUUCUUUUCUAUACUCUUGGUAUCUGAGGUAUCAAUAUAUCCAGGUUAAAAAAAGAAUUUGGGAGAAAAUCAUAACAUUGCUAGAUAAAACUGAUCAUUCAAACCCAGUUCUGCUUAAUCAACCAUAGCUUUUUGCUAUAUUUGUGCCCUUUGUAUAAAUAUAUAAUUUAUAUGAUUUUAAUAUAUUCUGUAUAUAUACUUGAAUUGGCCUGUUCAUAUUUUGGUUGUAAAAUUGUUUUAUAGUUAACCUUAUAAACAUUUUACAUGUCCCUUGCCAUUGGUUAUGGGACAUACUUUGUCUGCUGCUGUUUUUAAUAUAAUUUUGCUGUAUAAAUGUUCAGCAUUUUAAUACUUUGCAGAUAGCUUUACUUUUCUUUUUAUUCUUUUGCUGUAAAAAAAAAAAAAAAAGUUUUGUUCUGCAGCAUUUUCUCUAAAAAUCCUACGCUGUACAGUUUUUGUCCCACUCAGUGAUUGCAAAUAGGAUGAAUCCUGUUAACCUAAAACUGUAUGCUUCUUCCUAGUGCCUUUUCAAUGAGAUCCUCUUGUGAUUCCCUGUUCCGAGUUCUCACUCCCACAAGACAGUGUUGUGGCUAAUCUUCAUUGAGAAUGGUAGUCCAGCCAGACUGGAAAGGAAAUGCCUCUGGCCUUCGAUACCUUGUCCUGGUUUUGGGCGUAAACACGAGGGUGCCUCGUCCCUCUCUCUUCAGCAAAAGCUCCUCAGGUCCCAUGUGCAUUCUGCAGCAUCAUUUCUAUUCAGCAUAUACCUCAUCUGUGAGAGGCAGGCUCACCUCCACCUCGUCCACAGCGGACUCUGAAAUACUUAAGUUAUCUCACAAGAAAUGCUAUAGAAACAUGCUUUCAGGAAAUGUUCCUUACCGAAUUCGGGCUGCAAGCGGUGUGGUGGGGCUGGUGGCCAGAGUUGUCCAGCUUUCGUCCUCGCCGAGCUGCCCAUGCUGCGCGGCUCUGGGCUGGCAGCUGCCCCGUGAGCUCGGGCUGAUCAGGGUUCGCAUGCGCGGUCUCCCUCUGAGAGCAAGUGGACUGUAAACGCGCAGCUUCCCAGGCAUCUCCAUAUCAAGCUGCUUUACCUCUUUCCUGUGCUGUUACAGCUUAAUUGCUGCUUUGGGGCUUCGUGUACCUGCACCCAGAGCAAAGCGAAUGUACAGCGUUGGGGUUCUCGCUGGUGAUGCUUGCGCACCACCUGCCUUUGGUGUGACUGGCUCGCGCGGUGGGAGACUGGCUGGUGGUGUGUAUCCGAGGGAAGGGUCCUUCCAAAAGAUUGUAUUUUAAGUGAGCUGGGUUUGUUUCUUUCAUCGCCAGCGGUUCUGUAGUAGCAAGAAAUACUGCAGGAAGGAAAAGUCUCCUCUUACCUGGGAAACAAACUUCCAAGUUCUUUUGCACAAAUCCAGGUACUUUGCCAUUAACCUGUAUUCAAAUCUAGGGCAAGUUCCACAGAGUUGGGUUUACUGGGAAGACAAAGGAGUUUUUAGCAUUGUUUUUCUCUGCCGUAUGCCAGCAGCACUGCCAUGUGUGCUGCUCUGCUCAAAUGAUGAAUGGAUGCUUAUCCAUUUUUCUCCUCUUGUUCCUAGCAAACACACCUAUUUACUAGUCUGGUAACUUGACUAAGGGGGGGGGGGGGGGAAGACAUUUCUGGAUAAAUGAGAACAAUUCUGUUUGGAGGGAGGAAACUUGAGACCCACACCUAAACUUUGUUUUUUGGAAGGCUGUUUCAUGACUUCAGUGUUACCAUGUUUCUUGCAUACCAUUCCAAGAGCUGGCAAUAAUGUAUUCUGUAAGGAUUAUUUUUCACCUGUUACUGUUUAUUCUAUUUGUAUGCUUCAAAAAACAGCUUUUACUCCAUAACUUUUAGCUAGAAGUAUUUUUUCUAGGCUGAUCUUAAAAAAAAAAAAAAAAAAAAAAAAAAAAAAAAUCCAUGCACACUGGAGCUGUAACACUUUCCAUUCUCCUGUCUCCUGGCAGCCUCUUGAUACAGUGCUGAAGUCUAAAUAGUGGACUCAGCAGAAAGUUGUGUUCUUGUUUGAGUUGUGGUCCAAAUUGUACAAAAAAAAAAAAACUGCUGUCAUGGUACUGCAGUUUAAUCAAGAUCCUUGUUUCAAGUGCAGUCACUUUACACCUCAGGGUAGCUUGGUUUAAUAGUUAAGGAAUUUUCCUUUGUGAGGGUGGGGAUUGGCCUCAAGAGAGGAGAAAGCCCUUGGCAGGCUGCUUUCAUGAGGGUGACAGGCCCACCUUGAAGUGGAGACAUGCCAGUAAUGGAUCAGAAAUGUGACCAUAGCUGUUCCCCCUUCCAAACCGUAGAAAGGGCUCUCUUCCGGUCCCUAGGAAGCUCCAGGAUGCAUUUGAAAAACUUUUUGUUUUUGAAAAAAAUCUUUUUUUCCUUGCACCUCCACACACACCACCCAAAGUAAACUGUGGGCUUGAACUGUGGUACCUCUCCUCUCUGUGCUGUUGCUGUAGCUGGUAAACUUACAGCUUGCCAUUUUUUCUGAUCACUCUCUCUUCUUUUGAAAAUGAAAGCUUCUCCAAGAGAGUCACGUUUCUGUCCAUCCUGCUCAUAGUCUGGACACUUUUCUGGGGUCAAAGAACUGUUGGUAGUGAUCUGGCCAGUGCUGGAACAGAUGUAAGGCACUUAACUUUCUUAACAAACUAAAAACACAUUUGACCUGGCUUAGCUCCUGCUCUUGUUUAAAGGUCAGCUGCAAAUAAGCUUUUUGCAACAAGCUGUGCCUGCCUUUAUUCUUUGUGAGGGAUCAUUGUAUCCCAGGUGGUGAGUCUUGGUUUCCCCGUGAUUGCUGGUAAGGUGCUGCAUUGAUGUGAAGUGAAAGCUCCCCUCCCACAGAACCCGCAAUUAGAGCUGUUGAUCCCAAAGCAGUUCAGAAGCAGACACCUGUUGGGCACUUGAGUUGAAUUAACAUGGACAGCCCAAAUGGUUUUGAAUAUGCUGGUCAAGGAUUCUUCCUUCUUGUUUGCUCAGUUUUUAACCUCUCGUGAAAUCUUCGUUCCUGUCAUCUUCCAUUCAUCCAUAUAGUUGCAGGUAAACAAGUAAAUAUAACUUGGAGAGAAACUCUGAAAGGGAGUCUAGAAAGACACUUUCAGGCUUGCUUCUGUUCAAGAGAAAUACAAAUGUGAGCUCCAAACGUCUUUGGAGAUUGCUCUCAUUACUCUGAUUUUGUAGGCAGUCUUCACACUUGGUAUUGUGAAUUAAAAGGAAAAACUUAGAAGUUAAAGCUGGGGGGGGGGGGGAGAGAGGGGGAUUUCUGGAAAUAAAAGCAGCCAAAGUUCUGCAGACCUUGUGCAAACUAAGUCCCACUGACGGCCACAGACGUUUUGGUCCUGCAAGAACUGCAGAGUUAGCCUCUGACAGGCAGCAAAGGCACAGCUUUACGUUGUUUGAUCUGAGUUUGUGUUUGCUGGCAGCAGAACAGAAGUCCAAGUUGCUUGGACCACCGAAUUACAGAAGAAACUGUUGGCUGUCUAGUUUUUUUUUUUUCCUUUUUUUCUUUUAACAGGGCAUAUUUAUAAUUUCCUGAUGGGCAAGCUAGUCUUCAAGUCACGUUGAAGUCCCUUCUGUUUGUGUCCUGGAUGACAGGUGGCUAGAGAUGGGUAUCAUUUUUCUCUUGGGUCAAAUAAAUGACGAAGAGCACCCCGAAGGCUCAUUUGUCUUGUGAUACAACCAUAGGACAAGUCUCAUUCACGCAGCGAGCCCUCUGUGACAGAGAAGUUAUGUUUACCUUUACAUGGUGUUAGCAGCUGUUAAACUUCUGGGUAUAUUUGUAAAAUUGGUCUUUUAUACACCAUAUGAAAUGGACUGAAAUAAUUUCUUUGCUGUUGUACCUGUGGAAGUACAAGCCAUUUUACAGGAAAAAAAAAUUGAAAAAAAAUUAAAAGGUUAUCUCAGUAUUGACUUUGA